AUGGAGUCAGAAGACAUUACCAUCAAGCCAGCAGAUAAGGGAGGUGGGGUAGUCAUCCUCGACACUAAAGACUGCGUUGAAGAGAAUCUGAGAUUAUUAGGAGACACUUCCACCUAUCAGAUGUUAGAAAAGGACCCAACUUUACAAUUUAUGGAAAGAAUGAGAGGAUUACUAGAAUAUGGUAAAGAAAGGGGAAUUAUCAAUGAAAGAGAAUUUAAAUAUGUGAGAUUCCCAAGGGUACCGGUGUUUUACCACCUACCCAAAAUACAUAAGAAAUUACAGAAACCACCUGGAAGACCAAUUAUUUCCGGUAUUGGGUCCCUCACAGCCAACUUGUCGGAAUAUGUUGAGCAUUAUCUACAAGGUCUAGUUGUGUGUCUCAAAUCAUAUCUCAAAGAUUCUAUCCAAAUUCUCAACCAGCUGUCAGAUUUUAAAUGGGAAGAAGACAUGUUUUUAGUCACAGCGGAUGUGACUUCACUGUACACUGUCAUUGAGCACCUGCAGGGUUGUGAAGCUAUCCAAUACUCUUGGCAGUGUACUCUGUUUUAA